CGAGACUGGGAUGGAUGCCGUCGACUGCUGGGGUAUGGUAGCAUCCAAGUCGCAAAUCCUUUCCCCAAACUUCGCUAGCAAAUACGCUGAACUUCCCCUAACGACUUUGCCGAGCUAAUGCAUGGACGUUGUCCGUUCGGGAUGAUACACGGCCUCUCUUUUUUUUUUUUAUGAGCUGCUUUUCUUCUAUGUAAAAGUCGCUUCCAUUGGGCCAGAGUCCAGACAGGUAUCAUAUUCAUCAUCAAACCCAGGGCAUUGACACGAGUCAGACCGAAUUGAGUUUUGUCGCAUGCCAGAUGUGUAUUUUCUCUCCGAUGAAUCCGUGCCUAUCCCCUCCCAUUCUGGGACAUCUGUCCGCACCGUACCAAAGAGUGACCAUCUACCAUGCCCCAAGUCAUGAUAUGGACGUACAUACUAUGCCGUAGUGACAACAGCAGCUGCUAAGUAUGGUACUAAUCAGUUCAGUCAUGGAGCCCAGAAAGUCUGAGCACGGAGCGCAGUCUGAGGAUCGCGUCGUCGUUAGUUUCGACAAAGAGAUCGACGACGAUGCGUCGUCAAUCAGAUCAGAGGCGCGCGGAAACGUUUUGCCACAGGGCUAUUUCUACUCGGUCGGUUUCUUAGGGGCGUCAGCUGGUUUCUGCCUCUCGGCGAUAUCAGCUUUUAUCUUCUUACUCUUGCCAACUAAUGUGUUAACCUACAUAAACGCCGAUAUAGGUCCGAGCCCUUAUAUCUCAUGGGUUAACAUUGCUCGAACUCUCGCUUUAUCUUUCACAUACACCAUUGUGGGCAGACUAUCAGAUUUAUUCGGGCGACGAUGGUUCUUCAUUGGCGGCAACAUUGUUGCCCUAAUUGGCAUCAUUGUUUGCUCCGCAGCUCAAAAUAUCAACAGCUUAAUCAUCGGCAGCGCAAUCUAUGGGUUAGGAGAGACCGUUCAGCUGAGUUUCAACGUGGCAGUGGGUGAAUUGGUACCGAACAAGCACCGCCCGAUGGUGCUGUCGUUGAUCUUUAUGACCAACGCACCUAUUGCCGGCAUCGGGCCUAUGAUAGCUCGAGCGGUUUUGCAGCACCCGAACAUGGGAUGGAGAUGGUGCUACUACCUCAACAUCAUUGUGGUCUCCGUAGCCAUCAUACUGCUGUUCUUCUUCUACCACCCGCCGACUUUCGACCUCUUGCACGAGAAGAAGACGAAGAGGGAACUGCUAAAGCAGCUCGACUACGCUGGAAUCUUCAUGUGGACCGCAGGACUUACUCUGCUGCUAAUGGGAGUGAGCUGGGGAGGAACGAUCUACGCAUGGAACUCGGCUGCGACGGUUUCUUCUAUCGUCAUCGGCGCCGUUCUCCUCAUCGCGCUCUUUGUCUACGAAGCCUACGCAGACCUUCCGUAUCCGGCAAUCCCGGUUCAAUUCUUCGCCAACCGAGGCUUCAUCAGUCUCGUCGCUUGCGCCACGGUUGCCACGAUGUCUUAUUAUUCCGCCGUGCUAUUAUGGCCUCAGCAAGUCAUGGCACUCUAUACCAAGGAUAUCACCUAUGGAGGUUGGAUCUCGUGCACGGUAGCGAGCGCGACAGCACUCGGGCAGGCUUUUGGUGGGUUCUUCGUGAAGUGGGGAGGAAAUGUUCGGUACUGGAUCAUCUUCUCGACCUUCUCCAUGGUCGCGUUCGUCGGCGCCUGCGCAUCGCUCACCCCGCAAACCCUCAACGCCGGCAUCGCCUUCACGAUGAUCGGGCCGUUCUUCGUCGGCGUUAUCGAGGUGUGCGCUCUUGCGUUGGCACCUCUCUUCUGCAGACCGGUGGACAUCGGCCUUGCGUCCGGUCUAUUGGCCUCGAUUCGUUCGGCUGGUGGCUCUAUCGCCGUUGCCGUGUACAGCAGUAUCUUGACCAACCGUCUUACCACGACGGUUCCUGCGAAUAUCGGCCCCGUAGCAAUAGCCGCCGGUCUACCCGCCGAUGAGCUCCCGGCCCUCGUUGCCGCUGUGCUGAAGAGCAAGCUUGCCACAUUCCCUGGCCUGACCCCUGAGAUCAGCGCUGCCGUCGCCGCGGUUCUACCUGAGGCAUAUUCGCAGGCUUUCAAGACCGUGUAUCUAGCCAGUCUUGGGUUCGGAGGUAUCGCUAUCGUUGGAUGCCUCUUCUCCAAGGAUGCGACGAGGCAUCUCAACGACAAGGUCGAGCGCAAGAUGCACGGGAAGGUGAUUGGGAAGGAUAGCAGUUCGGAGAACGUAUUGGCCUAAGUAGGUAAAAUGCCUAUCACAUAUGCCUUUAAAACUGGAUGGAUUUGGGGGUUAGCUGGGUAUUUAGUACCUAGUCAUUUCGCCGCGUUACGGAGGAUGACGACUGUUAUGUAGAUGUACGAGCAAUAAUACCCCUAUUUGGCGCUUUCACGUAUCCAACCCCAUCUUUAUAACCACGAGAUAUGUCAUGUCAUUUAUAUGAGAAGCCGUUAAAAGGUUUCCAGGUACCUACCUACUUAGACAUGAGCAAAGUGUAUAUCGGG